AUGUCUGAAGUUGACACUCAACCUAUUGAUAACAUUUCCAGCAGACUCUAUGUUGGUAACAUCGAUUUCCACACCACCGAAGAUAGCUUCAUGGAAUUUUUGAAGAAGGUCGGCACCAAUCCUCAGAGCAUUGACAUGCCUUCCAAGGAAAGAGGCAGCUUUGUCAAGUAUCUAGGGUUUGGCUUUGUUCAGUUUGCCACGCCCGAGGAAGCCGAAGACGCUAUCGGCAAAUUGAAUGGGGCGCUCCUUGGCGAAAGGUUUAUCUAUGUAAAGAAAGCCUUACCCCAAGCUACAGCCGAAGAGAAGCGGAAGAAAACCGAAGCGUACUUCCAGAGAAAGAAAGCAAUGGAUAAGUGGAAACGCGAGCACUUGUCCAACGGGGCUAAAGAGAAAGGAUCUUCGGAAGAACCUAAUACCGAGGAAUCUAUAGGGGAAGAGGCUCCGGCGGAAAAUGCAUCCGAGACCGACACAACUCAACGUGUCGGAAAGAAGUCCAAGGAUACCGUUUUCAUAUCCAAUUUGGAUUACAAGGUUACAGCGAAACACUUGUCAUACUUAUUGAAGGACAAGGGAUUGAAGUCAAAAUGGAUUUACGUGCCUAAGAGGAUGAUGCCGGCGCAUCUUUUGCGUAUAUUCCGCGACCAAAAGAAGACAAUCUACAAUAAAGGAAUUGCCUUCAUUAGGCUAAUCAACGAGGACACGCAGCAGCGUGCUAUCAAGGAAUUGAACGGCUACGAAAUUAAUGGCAGAGAAAUCGUCGUGCAGGUUGCGAUUGACUUUGAUCUGAAUCGUCCCAGCCAUAACGAUAGCAAGGAACACAAGCCACGCGGAGGCAGAAAAGGAAAGACACAGAGGGAAACAGCGAAGGGUGACAAGAGGCGUCAAGAUGAGAACCAAAAACUGUUAAGCGAAGAGAAAGGAGCGGAUGAGUCCCAGAAGAACGGCGAAAUCAAAGCUGAGGAACCCAAAGACGAGGAACUCAAAGGUGACGAGAACAAAAGUGAGGAGAAGAAAGAUGAGCAAAAGAUAGCUGAGCCGGAAACAGUGCCUAACCAAGCUGGUUCGUCUUCUGAAUAA